GUUCCGGAAGUACACAAACACAGGGCACUCACGUUGCUUUUUAGCAAUGGACACCAUACAUGCUUGUUUCAAAGAGAAAAUCGGUGAAGUGCUUUUACCAGGAGAUUUGUUCUCUUUCAGGCUGCCUGAAUCUGGAGAUGGUUCUGUCAAAUCCGAAAAGAUAAUUUGCGGCCCAGGGCUCCGGAGAAACGGAGAGGAAGUUCAAGUGUGUAAAAGUGGAAUUUUGCGCCAUAAACAGCCAAAUAUGUACUGGAUAGACUCUCAGCAGAGACGGUAUGUACCAGCCAAAGGUGAAAGUGUGAUCGGCAUUGUGACUGCAAAGUCUGGAGAUGUCUUCAAAGUGGACGUGGGAGGAAGUGAACAGGCAUCUCUUUCAUACCUAGCAUUUGAGGGAGCAACCAAGAGGAACAGACCUAAUGUGCAGGUUGGAGAUCUGGUGUAUGGUCAGUUCACAAUUGCAAACAAAGAUAUGGAGCCCGAGUUGGUUUGUAUAGACAGCUGUGGCAGGGCCAACGGGAUGGGGGUGUUUGGAGCUGAUGGGCUGCUCUUUAAAGUAUCACUGGGACUUGUGCGCAGACUUCUGGCUCCUCAGAGUGAAAUAAUAAAGGACCUGGAGAAGAUCUUCCCCUUUGAGCUGGUUGUUGGAAUGAAUGGCAGAGUGUGGGUGAAAGCAAAGACCGUUCAGCAGACGCUGAUCGUGACCAAUCUUUUGGAGACAUCUGAGAACAUGACCUCCCAACAGAGACAGACACUGUUUAAGAGAGUGGCAGAAGGCUCCCUCUAGAGGACAUCUGAAAUACCACUUUUCCCACAAUACAUCUGGUGGCGGACAUGCCAAAAUUACACAUCAUCAGUUUUCAGAUAUUCAAAGCCUCUGAAAGAGUUGAGAAAGCACAGAGCCUACAAUGGACAUCACUUCCUUUUAUUUCCAGUUUUGAAAACAAUAAGGAAGCAAAGAAGAGAAGUCACCAUUUCUCUUUAAAGAAAUCAAUACAUUUGCCUUUUUUCAAUUAUAAAAAUACACUUUUGUAUGAGUAAAAAUGAAUAAAAACCUGGUGAAACUGCAAA